UAUACAGACUCAGGCUUCAGUUCGAUUUCAUUUGAUCUGAGCUGCGGUUGUGUUUAUUUCAGAGAAAAUCAGUGACAAUAUGAACCAGUGGCUUUGGCUUGGAUUCGUCGCGUGCCUUUACGCGGCUGGCACAGAAGCCGCUUCGAAUUUGGUGUGUUAUUAUGAUUCUUCAAGUUAUACCAGAGAGGGCUUGGGCAAGCUUCUCAAUCCCGAUCUGGAAAUAGGUGUGCAAUUCUGCACCCACUUGGUCUACGGUUAUGCUGGAAUUCGUGGCGAUAAUUACCAGGCCCACAGUCUCAACGAGAACUUGGACAUCUACAAGCACCAGUUCUCCGAGGUGACCGCUUUGAAGCGCAAAUACCCCCACCUCAAGGUACUGCUCAGUGUGGGCGGUGAUCAUGACAUCGAUGUGGAGCAUCCCAACAAGUAUAUCGAGCUCCUGGAGGGCGAAAAGGUGCGUCAAGCUGGAUUCAUUCAGUCGGCGUAUGCCUUGGUGAAGAACUACGGUUUCGAUGGCCUGGAUCUGGCCUAUCAGUUCCCCCGGAACAAGCCCAGGAAGGUGCACGGCGAAAUUGCCUCGGCAUGGAAGAGCAUUAAGAAACUAUUCACCGGAGACUUUAUUGUGGAUCCCCAGUCGGCGCUCCACAAAGAGCAGUUCACAGCCUUUGUCCGGGAUGUCAAGGACUCGCUGAGAAACGAUGGCUUCUUGCUUAGCUUGACAGUGCUGCCCAAUGUGAACUCAACUUGGUACUUCGAUAUCCCAUCCCUGAAUGGCCUGGUGGACUUUGUCAACUUGGCUGCCUUUGACUUUGUCACUCCAGCCCGGAAUCCGGAGGAGGCUGAUUACACCGCUCCCAUUUACCACCCAGAUGGCUCCAAGGAUCGUCUGCUUCACUUUAAUGCCGAUUUCCAAGUGGACUACUGGCUUCGACAGGGCUUCCCAUCGUCUAAGCUGAACCUUGGUGUUGCCACCUAUGGAAAUGCCUGGAAGCUGACUUCGGAUUCGGGACUCGAGGGUGUCCCAGUUAUUCCGCGUACUGAAGGUCCUGCCCCCGAGGGCGUACAAUCCCAGAAGCCCGGACUUUUAAGUUAUGCUGAGAUCUGUGGCAAACUAAGCAAUCCCCAGAACCAGUAUCUCAAGGGAAACGACUCUCCUCUAAGGAGGAUUUCCGAUCCGACCAAGAGAUUCGGCACCAUUGCCUACCGGCCAGUGGAUGGAGCCAUCACCGAGGGCAUUUGGGUGAGCUACGAUGAUCCCGACUCUGCGUCCAACAAGGCAGCCUACGCCCGCGCUAAGAACCUUGGAGGCGUGGCACUCUUCGAUUUGGCCUACGAUGAUUUCCGCGGCCAAUGCACCAACGAUAGGUAUCCCAUUCUGAGGGCCGUAAAAUAUCGUCUAUAAAUAAAAUAACAAUUUUAAUAAAUUAUAAAUGAUUUUGAGUAUA